AUGUACAAGCAGAAGUCGCUAGAACUCAGAGACAUCAACUAUGUAUAUGAGAACUCAUGGGUCUGGGUUAACAUCAAUUCGAUAAAAAAAAAAAAUGGGAAUUUAUAUAAAGAAAUAUUUGAAUAUUACAAAAAUAAGAACAAAAUAUUCUGCUUCUUCAAAGGAAAAGUAAAACAAUUCGUGUCCAAAAGGGACGUAGAAAUAUGCAUCAGCAUAGACGACAAUUAUGUCAAUUUCAAAAACAACAUAAAUUAUAACAUCACAGAAAAUGUUAAAUAUUUAUUACCCAUUGAUACCAAUUUUGGGUGUAGUGACAACACCCAGUUAAUAUAUUUAAAUCCGCCAAAUUUGUUGGAGAAUAUUCGACAGAGAUAUAGUAAAGCGUACUUAAAUGAAGGAAGCAGAGAUUGUAUUUAUACUUACAUUGGGUACAUCCUGUUGUCAGUGAAUCCUUAUGAAAAUUUUAAAAUUUAUGAUGAGAGGUACAUGAGGAAGAUUAAGAAUGAGAAUAAUCUGUUUGCUGUUCCUCACCCUUUUUCCAUUGCCAACGAUGCGUACAACUGUAUGGUGAAGGAUAAGGUAAGCCAGUCCAUCAUCAUAAGCGGUGAAAGCGGGGCUGGCAAGACGGAGUCGUCCAAGCAGGUGCUGAGGUACCUUACUUACUUGAGCGCUUGCCAUUCUCGGGAGGCAGCGACAGGAGUCGCAAACGCAUUGGGAAAAUAUGAGGAAAAAUGUGACUACGCACGAAAAGGAGCCCCCCCGGGCGGAAGUAAUCAAGGCACGGGAAACGGCGACACUGGGGGUCGUCGUGCGAAACCGUCUGCCAAGGAAGGAAAGGACAACUUCAGCGCAAACGUUAGGGACACCCCCAAGAGAGAUGAAAUAAACGAAAGAGGCGCCAAACAUGGUUCCGAAAAGGGGGGAAAAGCCGUUCCCUUAAGGGAGCCAUGUUUCAUCACGGUUUCCACCGCCGCGUCCACGUACACCUCCGAGUCCAAUUACACCACUGCGCCCACGUACAACACCGCGUCAACUUACACUGCUGCUUCCCCCUCCUCUUAUGAAGACAAAAUCCAAAACAGCAACCCCCUGUUGGAAUCCUUCGGAAAUGCUAAGACGAUCAAAAAUGACAACAGCAGUAGGUUCGGAAAAUUGAUGAAGUUAAAUUAUGACGAGAAUGGCAUGUUACGCUCUGCGUCCAUAGAAACGUAUCUGCUUGCAAAGUCCAGGGUGGUGGAUGUUCCACCCAGGGAAGGGAAUUACCACAUUUUUUAUUCCUUGUGCGAGAACUCCAAAUUAAGUGACGAGUUCGAUCUGUUGCCAUGGUACAAGUACAACUAUUUGAGGCCCCAAAAUGAUAUGAACAAAUCAGGCGAUAGUUGCCCUAAUGGGAGGGAGGAUUAUGAGGGAAAUGAGGAAAUGGAAGAUGGAGAGGACAGUAACACACAGGGGAAACGGAAGAAGAACAGCAGGAGCAGGAGUAAGAGUAAACGGAAAAAAGUGGACAAGUCGGACGAAACGGAUAGGGAAGAAGUAGCCUUGGAUGCGGUCGAAUCGGGAAAGGAUGAAGGUAAAGGGAAGAGAAGUAAACUUAAGGGAAAAUCAGGAAACGACUCCCAUCCCAGUGAUGAGAGCGGCAAGGCGAACAAAUGCUUGUACGAUUUGGACGCCAUUAUAAAGUGUUUUCACAGCAUAGGGGUGUAUGAAGAGGAACAAAAGGAGAUUUACAAAACGCUUAUCUGCAUUUUGCUCCUGGGAAAUGUCGACUUUGUGGUGAACGAGGAGGAAGAGGGAGGAAUGCUCAAAAUUAAGAGUGUAGAGGUGUGCGAAAAGUUGGGCGACCUGCUUGAAAUUAGCAGUGACCAUUCGGGAAACAGCACCUGUGAAAGCUGUGGGGCGAACAAGAUCGUCGAAAUUCUAACCAUAAAGAAGGUGCGCGAUACGCAGAAGAAUUACACCUACCAGCAAGCGAUCUACAACAGGGAUGUCAUAUCGAAGGCCCUGUAUCAGCUCCUGUUCGAGUACGUGAUCAUGCGUGUUAACGAUUCAUUGAAUGUGCGCGAGGGGGAGGAGGUGGAAAAGCAAAACGGUGACGACGGGAACAUGGAGGGCAUUCCCACCGAUGAGGAACACGCUGACGGGGCGCACCUAGAGUGCGAGAGGGUAGGGGGAAACGUGAAGCCCACCAAAAGGAAUAGGAGCAGCCAUAGCGGAGCAGACGCAGGUUACGCAGCACACACCGGUCUCGGUACGGGCAGAAGCGGAAGCAAGACCUACUUCAUAGGCAUUUUAGACAUCUACGGAUUCGAGAACUUCGCCAAGGAAGGCAUGAACUGCUUUGAACAGCUGUGCAUCAAUUACGCAAACGAAGUUCUACACGCUUUUUUUUUAAAGCAAAUAAUUCACAAUGAACACAAAAUACACUAUGAAGAAAAUUUGUUUCUCCAGAAAAUACCAUACAAUGAUAAUAGCAAUGUGAUAUCUCUGAUAGGGGACACUCGAGAUGUGAGCAUCUACACUAUAUUGGAAGAUUUGUCUCUGCUAUUUUCAUCAAAUAAGUCCAACGAGGAGAGUAAUAAAAAUUUGUUCUUCGACAAGUUAAGUAAAAAUGUCAUGAACUCAGCCAAGUACAAAAAUAUCGUACGAAAUUACAAAUCGUCGAGGAACUGCUUCAUCAUUUCUCACUACGCGGGAGAAGUCCUCUACGACUCCCACGAUUUUUUUAACAAAAAUGUAGACAUUCUGACAAACGAUAUUGAGGAGUUCCUAUCAAGCUGCAAUUCGUUCAUCAGGACGAAUUUGCUUAAAGGGAGAAGAUAUAUGUGUGGUAAGGGGAGCACACAGGGAAAUCAUCCUAAGAGCACUGGCAACAGAAUGGUGGAGCUGAAAAUUCAGGAAGAGCCAAAAUCAGGCAGGAGAAAAUUAUCCGUGAAGGAAAUGAUAUCCCACCAUGAGAUUGAGUCAAGGGGAGUCCUUCCUGUACAUCUCCAGGGGGAUGAUCCGUAUAUGAGUGAUGACGACGAGGAAGGGGGCGAACUAGAGCGGAACCAUCGCCAGAGCCUCCGGAAUGGGGGAAACUCCAACAACGUUCUUACGUAUCAGACAGGACGAAAGAAUAAAGUAAAGUCCAUCUUUUCGUCAUUCAAAAAACAGCUGGAAAUUCUGACUAACAAGUUAGACAAAACGGCUUCGAAAUUUAUCAGGUGUAUAAAACCAAAUGAGGAAAAGAAGGCCAAAUUUUUUAAUAGAAAUUUGGUGCUGAAUCAGCUAAUAAUGAGCGGAAUGGUGGAUGUCCUCAGUUUAAUGAAAAAUGGAUACCCUUGCAGAGUGCUCUACCAUGACAUCUGGAUUACGUAUAGUCACCUUUUGCAAGACGAAAUGAAGUCCUUCCUUACCCCCAAAAUGUUCUGCGAAAUUGUACUAAAAUUUUUAGACAUCCAUUCUAACGAAUACACAUUUGGAAAAACGAAAGUUUUUUUCCGCUUUGGUGUUUUAUCCACCAUAAAUGAAAUAUUGAAUAAGAAUUUGGAGAAAAAAAAUAAAUUUAUCCAAUGUGUGUAUAAUUUCUGGUUACACAAAAGGAAGAGAAAAAUCUUGAAAUUUGUCCUCUGUGGAUGUAGGUUUAAAGUGCUAAUAAAAAGGAUGAGAGCUAAACGUUUAAUGGAGCAUGGACUCUAUUAUUAUAAUAAUUUUUUGCUACAGAAGAAGAGGCAAAGUCUUCGGAAAAUCCUGUUCUACUACUUUUAUGUGUAUAAACAGAGAACCUACUUCCUGCAAUUGAGAACAAGUUCCCUCGUCAUUCAGAAGCACAUUCGGGGAUACCUCGCGCGGAAAGAAUAUUUACACGUAAAAAGACAAAUUCUUUUUAUCCAGGAUUAUUAUAUAUUUCAGGGGUACUUUAAGCGGAGAGUUAGAGCCUCAAACAUUAUUAGGAAAAAUUGGCUCACUUAUAUCACCAAAUCUGACUAUCACUAUGUCCGAAGGAGCAUUAUAAAAAUCCAGAGGGCCUUUCGAAGGUACAUGAAGGGGAAAUAUUUACACUACUGCUUGAAGGUAGUGAAUGUUAAGAAGCAGCCCAAGCGCACGUACAGCGUGUUCGUGAAGAGGGAGAUCGGCCAGGGGAAGAAACUGGAGUUGGGGGCACAGCGGACUUCUCAGAAGAAACUCGCCAAAGGGGUGAAGCACGAGAGAGCUCGUGAUCGACCGCUAGGGAAGCGCCCCUGUCAAGAGGACGAGCGCAUAGGGUCUUUCAUCUGCGUGGAGAGGACCAACCGUAGGCACUCCUUCGCGAUAGGGCAGAAAUUGGACGCCUCCUCGAGCAGCAGAAGCAGCCUCAAAAGAAGAAAAACCUGGAGCGCUCUGGAAAGCGCCUCAAAGUAUUACUACAACCGACAGAGCUACAGACACGCCAAACCAAAUUAUAUGGAUAGAGCUAUUUCGAAUCAUAGCAGUAGCCAUAUCAGCACAGGGAGUGCCUUGAUAAAGAAGGUCACAGGAGGUUACACCGAGGAGAAACCAUUUAUCAGUGUUGGCCAUAUAGCGAUUAACAAAAACGGGAAAAUAAACGGACGUAGUAUUCACCUUUUUGGUAAUGCUAGUGGGGAUAAGGGCAGAGCAAAAAACAAGUUUAGGUUCAACAACCUGAGCAUAUGCGGUGACAACAUGCAUGCGAAGGGUAAUGGCGGGGGCGGCGGUAAAAGUGGCUCGCUCAGCAUGGGCAAAAGCCGCAUGAAAAGAAAAACAUACAAUCAUGCGAUCCUGAAAAACGACUUCGCCUCGAGUUACAAGAGGGAGAAAAAUAAAGUCUCAAAUUUUUUGAAAAACACCAUAUAUGAUAGAUACAUCAGCAAGUACAAGCAGAAUUACAUGAGCAGACAGAAGGAUAAGAAGAAGAAAUCGAUUUACAUAAAAAACAACUACAGCAACAUCAGCAACAUAUACAGCGUUUACAGGCCUUCACAGGAGGAGAAGCUGGCUGAACAGUAUGACUUCGACCGUACUGACGCGCUCAUCAUUCCGGAGGACUUCUACGUGAGCGAGUCGAACAUCCCCGAGCCAGACAUCAUGCAGGAAGAUGAUGAAAAUUACCUAUUGUUGUGUGAUUACCUGGACAACAAUUUGGAUUCGAAGAUCCCCCUAAUAGAGCUAAGUGCUUUCAAGUGCGUGUGA